ACGGAGCCAAAGAUCGCACACCGCCCCGUACAGGAAGUCAAAACAAGCGUUCCCUUUUCACUGUAAAGGGGGAAGGUGGUUGAAGAAAUCUAACAGUAAAGGCCACCACCAGCUAAUGUCCAGGUUUAUAUAGAUGGGAGAGACGUAUCAGUGUUUAGUCUCGUUUCGACCGACCAGCGUGUUCACCGAUGUUAAUGCGGUGGUUGCUACCUCUGCUCGGGGCUCUGUCCGCAGAGGCGGACUUCUUUCAGUUUGAUAGCAUUUCCAAUGUAUCCACUUACUAUUUUAAUUACUUUUAUUGCAACAUAUGGGAGGGGGAUUGUCAGCCUAACCAAGACGAUGCCACACAGCAAGUUCCAACCAGGGACAUCUGGGCAGGUUUUCCUCAGGACUAUGCGAGCCUGCUGCACCAGUGGUACUGUAGUCUGGGCCAGUGCUGUGAAACUGGAGACUGCAGGAUAACCAACAACAUAACAGGUCUGGCGAGAGACCUUCAGACGAAGCUUCACGGGCAGCACCUGGCACAGUCUGUGGUUCUGAAAGCUAUCCAGGGUUUUAUCAAUAACCCAGAAUCCAACAAACCCUUGACGCUCUCUUUUCACGGGUGGUCCGGCACAGGCAAGAACUUUGUGGCCCGGAUCAUUGCAGAUAACCUAUACCGUGACGGGGUGAAGAGUGAGUGUGUCCGUCUGUUCAUUGCCCCGUUCCACUUCCCACAUGCUAGACUGGUGGACACGUACAAGGGCCAGUUGAGAGAAGCGAUACGGGACUUAGUGCUGCGAUGCCCUCAGACUCUGUUCAUCUUUGACGAGGCUGAGAAGCUUCAUCCAGGCCUCAUCGAUGCCAUCAAACCCUACAUGGAUCACUAUGACAACGUAGAUGGCGUUAGCUACCGCAGGGCAGUCUUCCUCUUCCUAAGUAACAUUGGUGGAGCAACGAUCAAUGAUGUUGCGUUGGAUUUCUGGCACUCCGGUCAGAAUCGAGAGGACAUCGGCAUGGAGGACCUGGAGCAUCGGCUACGAGCAGAAACUAUGGAGUCUCAAGGUGGGUUUGCUCAGAGCGAGCUAAUGUCCGGUCACCUGAUUGACUUCUUCGUGCCAUUCCUGCCUCUCGAGUAUCGCCAUGUCAAGCUGUGUGCACGGGAUGCCUAUGCAGCACGAGGUCUGGAAGCAGAUGAGGCGACGCUUGAUGAGGUAGCCAAAGCCAUGCUGUAUGUCCCGAAAGAAGAGAGACUGUUCUCAGCACAGGGAUGCAAGUCCAUACCCCAGAGGAUCAACUUCUUCCUCCCAUAGAACGAAACACAGACAUACAGAAAGAGGAAAAGGCCUGGAGGAGGUGUGUGAUUGCUUUACCAACCCAUCUGCAUGCAGAGCCACAGAGGAGAUGUGUCUGCUCUGCUACACGUAACCCCACCCACCACAGAUGCAACACGUGUCUGACCAGGUCCCUCGGAGAAGGCUGGGCAGCAGGGCAGAUCCAGUACGAGAGGAGAAAGCAGCAGGACUCCCCGCUGUAGACACAGGAAGUGCCAGAUGGUCAUCAGGUGCAGUGUGGCAGCUCCUCUUCACCUGCCUGAAUCCUCACCGUAUUAACACUGAGAAUAUAAGAGGAGGGCGUUAGGAGUUGUGCAGUAUGUCAAAGAGGAACACUGAUGCAUUUUAUCACAAUUUUUAUGUCAAUGCAUCUCAUUUUUUAUGUUUAGAUAAGGCCAAACUUCAUGUGUCAGUAUUUGCAUGUUAAAUUAUCAGUGCUCAUAUGUUUAUUGAUAUAAUUUGUGCCAUAUUUAGCAUCUUACCGUUCUAGAUUAUAUUUGUGGGGUUGUUUAGAUGCACAUUUUGUGCUACUCUAAGGAUUUAAAUGGGAACAUGCAGUGAAAAGUCUGGAGUGUGAAACUGUCGACAAACUGUGAUGCUUGAAAUAGUUACUGAAUAUGUGUCAGAGGAUAAGGGUGUAUUUUGAAGUUUGCUUUUUUGUGUAAAUAUGUGUCAUUACAGUGAUUUUGAUUAUUUAUUUUAUCCGUCAGUUUUGAUCAAAUCCAUUUACAGAAUAAUAUUGGUCAUUUUGAUGCAUUUUUACAUAUCCAUUUUAUUUUUCAAUAACUUUCUUCAUUUCUAUCAUUCAUGCACCCACUUUCACUUAAUCUCACAAAGGUUUAGAUUAAUCUGCUUUAGUGAUUUUAGCCCUCAAGUGCUGAGCCACUUUACCUGAAUGUGAACAGAAAUGUGAGGUAUGGAAAUAUGGUUUGAAGAAAAUAAACAUUUAUUGUAAACUCA